AGGCAGACUACCAUCACUACUGUAAACUUUUAGACUUAUUUCGCGCUUCUUGCAUCUCAGUUAAAAAAACUCAUGUGAACUGUAAUGGAAGGAGUGGUUGUUUUGUGUACAGCUUUAAAGUCCGUGUCGACUGAGGUUAUGUCGCCUGGAGUCAACGAUGCGUUCCGUGGGGUUAUAAAUGAACAGUGAAUUUAAUUAAAGAGAAACGUGCAAAACUGCUACGACAAUGAAGAUGAGCUUCUCAUUGUCCUCACUGCACCCCUCUAGCAAAAGUCUAGAGGGUUCAGAGCAUGUGAGAAUGCAAGUUGAAAGGCCAUAUAACAGUCUCACCAAAAAAAGGAAAGAACCGAAACAAGAACAUUGCCAAUGCAUUUCAGAAAAUCGAGAAGAUACAGUUGAUGAUUUUUGGGCAUCGAUACGCACCAAUUAUGACUAUAUCAUGGACACGAAUUUAAUUGACAGUUGCAAAGAAGCAAAUGGAGAACUUGCUUGGGAUGAAGGUGACGUUUCCACACUCUCUUGGGGCUUAAAUGAAGUUAGUUGCCAAUUUUCAGAACUCUACUCGUGGCUUAGAGUUCUUCAGGAGUUGGUUUAUUCUAAAGAGGAAAAUCUUCUAGACAAAGGCCUGCGUGCAGCUCACAUGGAGGAGUUACGACGCAAGGCAUACAGAAGAAGACUGUUUAAUGAACAAGCGGGAAAAUUAAUAGCCCGUGCACCAGCUUUAAGAGAUGAAGUUACUUGGCGUGUUGAUCAUCUAAACGCUAAAUGGGAACUUGUUGAACAAAUCAUGGCCCCAACAGUUAGACCAGUUACAGAUCAUCAAGACGUUUCUGCAGAUUUUGAUCAUGAAGUCAAAUGCCUGAGGAAAUGGUUACGCGAAAUGGAAACUCGUAUGCAGCCUCUAAGUUUUCACAUCGACUGGAGUAGAGCGGAGUUGGAGGAGAAGGCAAUGGAGCACAUGGUGCUCCAAAAAGACAUAGAGGCUCAUGGACGAAUAGUGAGUUCGGUGGUGAAACUGGGAGAGAAAUUAGCAACACAAAAUGAUGAUCAACAAAAAGGAAAUGAGGAACAACGACAGCAACAACAGCAGCAUUCAGCAUUACGAGUAGCAAGCUCUCUUGAACGUCGUUGGCACCUUCUAUUUCUUCGUGCUUUGGAAUGGCAAUGUCACUUUGAGACUCUCGCAUCACGUACCUGCAAUAAGAACUCAGUGUCCAGUUGUUGUAGCAGUGAUAGCGAUGAGGAGCCAGUCACGAAACAACCUCGACUAAGCCGAAGGCAAUCACGAGAAUCUGGAAGGGAAGAUAAUUCUUCGGGGCAAAAUGUCCGUUCGACACGCUCAUCAGGACGAACAAAACGCGUCAAAGCUUUAAGACAUUGUCCUUCCUCUGACCCUGGUACUUGGAAAGGCGACCUUUCAGACAGUGAUGUUUCUUCUGAGAAUCGAUUCAUUGACGAUGGCUCCUACUUUGAGGACGAUUUGGACGAAUUGUGUGUGAUGGAAACGAGCGUCGAUGAGAUAAAGAAUUCUAAACUGAAUCGAAUUUCAGUUACACUUGAUUCCCAAGGCGACGAGGGUGACAUCGAAGACGCUGACAUUAACGAAGAGACUAUCGAAAUGGCACCAACACCCGAUCCAGUUUCCGUAACGGCGGGAGCACUAAUCAGUAUUUGCGACGAAAUUGACUCGGGAAAAAGUAUUCACACAGAAAUGACUGAAAAGGAAAUUACUUCCUCGAUUCAAACACCGCUUCGUCGAAAAAAGGGCUUUGAAGAAACUGCAUCGUUCAACACAUCGAACAGAAAAUCGAAGAACUGCGCUACGUUUUAUUUCAAGCACCGCGAUACAGACUCGGAAGCGGACGGUUCAGUGGAAAUGGAAGAAUCGACAAAUGUCGUCGACGCAGUUUCAUCGGAAGACGAGUGGACUUAUACGAAUUCGCACGCCGAGGAAAUGACCUGUCGAAAGACGAACGUCAAAGUUUCCUUGGAUUUCGGCGAGGUUGUGGACAAUGAUAAAACAAAUGUCACACAAUUGUCGAAGAAACAAAUCAGUCCGAUUAGUAAGCGUUCGGGGGAAAAUGAAAAAUGGAACUGUGAAAAGAAGAAUUGUCAAAGGGAGAGUGGUGACGAAUUGAAGAGCGACAAGUACAAUAUUCAUCGACUUGUCAUGGAAGUGGAGAAACUAGUUCGAGAGGAGGGACGUGUCACGCCACUUAUUUUCGAGGAUCGCAAAGGGGGCGAUCUCAACAGCAAUCGCGCCAAAUACGCUCGAAUUCGCGAAUGGCUCAAGCUCAAUUCCAUGGGGAAAUAUGACGAGAAAUCAAAUUCAGAAUAUCGAUCGUUAGACAGUUGCGAUGCAAGUGGCGAGUACACGACAGGUGAAUCGGACAUUGAGAAGCAAUCGAUUUCAUCGGAGGAUUUGCAUAGCAGUGUAGCGACAUAUCGACGGCUCGAUGGAUAUUUGGGUUGUGUGUCGCAAUCAGUUUCGCAGGAAAUUUUCGAUUCGACGGACAAUAUGCCGGUUAAUGAAUGCCAUCAGCAGCAAUUGUUAUUGGACACGAGUACACCGAAAGUUGUACUUCGCACGAAGCGAAAGACAAAUGGACCGCGGCCAUGGAGUGUUUCCUGCAUUACACAAAUCAGAAACAAUUCAAAUGCAAAUGAGGGUAAUGACUCAAUCUCACAAUUCUCCAUCUCGGAAACGGCUCUCCAUCAACUUGUUGCUUCGUCGCCUAUCAAAUCCUCCUCACUAGACGCAUCAGGAUCGUCGGCUCUAUUCAACAAAUCGACAUCGACUCUUUUGGAGGAGACGGUGAGCGGUCAGGAUGCGAGGACAAUAAGAACGAGUUCGUUGCGUCGACGAAAAAGUAGAUUACGCAAAAAGACAGUGAGUCGUAAAAGUGAAUCUGGAUCGGACGGUGUUAAUGCACAGCAAACAUCGGGAAGCAGUGAUGCCAGUUCGAAAAAAGCGCAGCAGGCAUGCCGUGCAACGAGAACAAUUGGCCGCGAUUCACAUGGACGUUUAACGACACUCGUUAAAUCGGGAUCAUUCUCUGGUUCAUUGGGACAUCAGGAAUUGGUUAAUGAGAAAAUAACAGUCAGCGAUCCCGUUUCUGCUGGACUUCGAUUAACUUACUGUCAAUCGAAUUCCUCGACAUCCGACACGGAGGAGGAAGAGGACACUUGCAAUCGUGGCAAGGAGCACACGAACGCUCUCAACAUUGACAGCGACGCAGAGAAAAAUAGUCUUGGAAAUGUUUCAUUCUCCGAGCAAGCUUGGGAUAAUUAUCAGGAGAAGUACAUGAGCGAGCCUUACAGCGAGACACCGGACCUCGACGCGGCUCGCCGUCUCCUGGACUUUGGAGACGAUUAUAGAAACUUUCUUGAUAGUCAAUCAGAUUGCGCGUCUAGUAUGAGCGCGAUUCGCGACUAUUCCUCGCCAAUUCCAAGAAGGCGUAUCAAAACUGCAGUGACUGAAGACAGCGACAGCGACGUUGAGGACUUGAGCAAAUUGUUUAAAAAGUCACAUUGUCAACUGUUGCACGCUGAAAAUUGUGUUAUGAAAAAGGGACACGUCGUUGGACAUGAUUGCGGAGAGAUAGUAUGUAUGUGCAGAGAGAAUAUAAAAUGUCUUCAUACAAUUUUGGAGACUAGUGGAAUUUCUCAUCGAGAUGAUAAACAAAGCAAGCAAAUUCGUGGUUUGCUAGAGAGAUGGGAAUCUUUGUCAUCCAGACUUGAAGAAGUCCAAAAAGCAAAUGCAAUUCAUCGGGACAUGUCAGCAAUGCACUUGGAAUUCCGUGCGGCUCACGACAGAAUCAUGGCCUACGAAGUUGUCUUAGAAAAAGCUCACAUCCUCGACGAACGCAUUAAUCAAAUAACGAGCGAACUUACCACGCUGAAGGAACGUAAGAUUGCGAUGUUGGCGUUGAAUGUUUCGACGCACCGACUUCUCACUGAUCUCGGUCCAUCGGCUGCUCCAGCUUUUGCCGCACUCAAGGAUGGAGUCGCUGAUCUCUAUCGCAUCUGGGAUGAAACGGUUCAAAAGGGUAAUCAACAAUUAUGUGCCUUGCAAGCAAUUCAACAAUUCGUCGCGCGUUUGACUGAAUUACAAUGUGCAUUGCGAAGAGAUAAGGACGCCCUUGGAGUUUUAGAUGCAGCCCUUCAAGCAGGUGCCACCAACGAAGUAGCGUCUUCCGUACGCGACGUUGCACGUCUCCUUUCCGAGAAGCAGGACGCCAAUUGCCAAAAUGGAAAGCUGUUGAAUGAGACGUUGAAGGAGGACUCGAGCGACGCCGGAUCAAAGUUUGAUGACACGACAGUGAUUUGCCUAACGCAGGAGGGUGGCUCACUGUCGGACAGUGGAAUAUCAGACAGUGGCAGCGAGCAGGAGUUGAGUGAACGUGAACGUCGUCUGGCGGCACUUCGGCGAUUGACGCGUUCAUUGGAGAGCCAAUUGGCACCAGGAAGCGACGCCUUGGCGGAACUUUGGAAGAGAGUCGAGGAUGCCGAGGCGGAACUAAGAACGCUGCAGAAACAAUGUCGCGAACUCAUUGUCCGAACUGCCGCCAGCGUUGAAUCACGUUCGACAAAUCGAGCAUCCAGUCCCAUCAAUUUUCCCAUUUCAAUAAAGCGGAAGAAGGUGGCGAGUCUUGUGGAUUCGGAGAACGAAUGGAAUCCAAAACAAAAGAAGAAGGGUUGUGUCACGAAUUCUGGCGAUCCAGAAAGUGAACCUAGUGAACCUAAUAGUUGGAUUUGGCGAAUUUUGAAAGCAGCUUUACCAUUUCAGCUGGCGCUUGUCGCUUUAUUUUGUGCAGCUUGCCUUUUGGAGCCACAUUGCUGUGAAGCGGCCAACAGCCUUAAUUUGUCGUUAACGCCGCAAUUGCGUUACGUUCGCGGACCGCCUCCAGUCUAAACUGCAAAGCAGAGACAAAAAAAAACUUACAGAAUAAAAAAAGUCAACGUUGGCUUUUUUUUCGAAAAAAAAAAUAACAAAUGAGACUGAAAAUCCA